CAGCAGAUGCAUAUCUCCAUAGUCCAGAGAUUACAUAUAUAAUAAGGUGAUACAAUGUUGUUGGUGUUACUGUUGGUUUCUUCAGUUUUGGCCCCAUUACAUCUUACCCAGAUUCCCUAUCAUACCCUCCUGGCCAAUACUUGUUUCCUACUAGUUGAUCAUGUUUAUCUUCCAUGUUAACCAGAUUCCCCAACAUACCCUUGCAGUCUACGCCAUUUUACAGACCUAGGUUUCCUUGUUGAAUGUUUUAUCUUUUCAUCUCUACUUAAAAAAAUAUCUCCAUCAAUCUACUUUGUUGAUGAACCAUCAUGUCUUGGCACACCUAAGCCAUAAUGGUCACAUCUGCUUUCUUCAAUGCAUUAUCAUGUCUCUUGUAAUCUCUGGCCUUAUAAAGUCAUGUUCCCCUUUUCUGCACUUUGAUUUUCGUAACGUUUUGUGUUUUUUUUUGGCUUGUGCUGCGAGAUCAUGAUCUUGUUAAUUGUGUUAUUAGGGUGAUAAUUUGAUGAGUUAAGAGGGGUAUAAAGGUGGUGGACCGGGAGCAUAGGAGGUCUUGACAUAAACAAAAGUGAUGAGGAGUCAAGAGCCUCGUUCCACCUCUUCUUGUUCAGCUUGUAAGCUGUUGAAGAGGAGAUGUGUGCCGAAUUGCUUGUUCGCGCCUUACUUUCCGUCUGAUGAGCCGAAGAAGUUUGUCAAGGUUCAUAAGGUGUUUGGAGCUAGCAAUGUGAGCAAGAUUCUGAAUGAGGUGGUGAAGGAGCAGCGGGAGGAUGCUGUCAACACGCUUGUUUUUGAGGCCGAGGCGAGGCUCAAGGACCCGGUUUACGGAUGCAUUGGGGAGAUUGCUUCGUUGCAAGGGAAGAUGGCGCAGCUUCAGCAUGAUCUUGCUGUUGCUAAGGCUCGGCUUGCUCACUGUGCUGUCGUCAAGGCUUCCACUUCGUUGCUGCCAGUUGAUGAUCAGCUGGAAAUGCUUCCUUUCAAUCCUGUGUACGAUGGAUUCUUCGACGGGCAAGUCUUUGAUAUUGAUCAAACUCAUGUCGUCGACGGGUUCAGUGAAGCUCCGUUUCUCUUAUGAUCUCUAGCUGAUCUCCAUAUAUAUGUCGAACACAGGGAUCAAAGUGACUUCAUCAAUGGCUUUCACGAAGCUCCUUUUCGGUUGUGAUCUCUCCUUGAUCCUCAUAUGUACCUGUAUGUAAGUCCAGUUUAUGAUCAGAAUCUGUGGUUUCUCUCAUGUUACAUUAACAAUAAUAAUCAGCAUGUGUCCUAUAACUUGUAAGCUCCAAAAACGAAUCUGACUAGUGCUGUAAGAGUUGCAACAAAUUAAAAAAAUAAAUAAAUAAUGUGUGAUUGAUUAA